ACCAAUGCACAAAGACAAAGAGUGGCAUCUGAACAAACAAGACAGAACACCAGAGCUACUCGUCUCGCAGUGAAACUGCGAACUAAAUGGGAUGAAUUUAACAAUACAACCAGACUUGCAGACCGCAUUGAUGCUAUUCGGGACUUGAGAGAUAUACUCGAUCUGGCUAAAACGCAAGUGGAUGAAGAAAUAUCAAUGGAAAAAGAACUGAUCGAGAAAUCAAACAAUCGUCUUCAGCAGCAAAUUGAUGCAGCUUUUGAACAAAUGAUGUUGCUGAAGGAAGCCAGGAGUCAACUUCUGAUUGAUUUGCAGCAGAAAAACGAAGCAAUGGAUAUAGAUAUUGAACAAUAUAAACUGCGUCCUGAGUGUCCGGGUGUUUCGUACAAACCAAACCCUCUUCGAAUUCCUAAAGGCUCUACAACUCCACAACAAUGGGAAAAUUUUUCGCGUUACAAUUGGGAACGUGCCCAGGCGGAAAUCGGAUCUGGUCAACGGUUGCAGAACGAUCUGCACCAAUUGGAAUUGGCCAUACAAAACAUGAUUCCGGCAGAGAAAUUAGCUCAAACUCGUUUGGAACGCCGAACCUACAGACCGGGUGUUGAAUUGUGUCGAGAUGCACCACAAUAUGGUCUAACCGACGAAGUCUUACAAACGCAGGUCAGCAAAGAAGCAUUGUUUGAAAAGCAGCGUCAAUGCAGACAUGCACUGGAUGCGUUACAUAAGCAGCUAAAUCGAAUCAAUGAUGAUAUUGCUGUGAAACAGGCCAGUUUGGCACUGGAGAAUCAGUGUAUUGAGUUACGUUAUCAACGUAUGGAUCGGGCACAGCCCCAGGCGGAUCCGGAUCCAGCUACCGGGAAAACACAUGCUACGGAAAUGCUAAGCACAAUUAAGGAGCCCCCGACCACAAUUGCACCAAAUUUGGCUACCAAACUGCUUGCAUAG